AUGGCCAAGACCAUCGAUGGAAAGGUCCGCCCUCUGGCGCCUUUCGACAAGACGCUCGAAAAGUCGACGCUCAAGGGUGCCUCGAGAAUCUACGUCAACCGGGAUUCCCUGAUCCAGCUCACGGGGAGCGUCGACAACGGCCGGCGCUGCGUCGUCACGAGGACCGCCGCUCAGGAUGCAGCCAAAUCUGCGGCGACGACGACGACAACGGAGCCGUUGCGCCGAGAGGCCGCGCUCUGGACGCUCGCGGACAAGAACAUCAGCCCUAACAUCAUCCUCAUGAGCGAGGCGUACCGCGAGGCCUGCGGGUUCGAGCUGGGUGAUCAGAUUACGAUUACGAUGACGGAGACUUCUGCGGUGCCUGAUGCUCAGUCGGUGAGCAUUUUGCCUGUGACGACGUCUGAGAGGGAAAAGGCCGAGAUUAAAGCGUGGGAGGGGGCUUGGGUGGGAGUGAUUCGAUUCUAUCUUGCCCGCUAUGUGGUCUCAACAGUACCCACCAUCGUCUCAGGUGAGGAAGAGGAGCCAGUCGAGGAAGUCCGCGACGUGACGAGACUCGUCGUCCCGAAUAUCCCCGGUUUGCAUGCGGAAGAGAAGAAGCUGCGAAGCUUCCUCCGUGGCUUCAAUGCAAAGUUCGUCUACAAGGGUCAACAGAAGUCAUGCGGAAUCGUCAUCCACGGCGGACGAGGUACUGGCAAGUCGUACAUCCUGAACCGGAUAGCGAGUACGGGCUGGGGUCGAGUCUUCCGGAUUGAAGAAAACGACAAGUCGUCGACCGUUGAGGAGGUCUUCAAGCAAGCGCGGACGAUGCAGCCCAGCAUCAUCCUCAUCGAUGGCCUCCAGGCCCUGAUUGGGAAAGACCGGGCAAACUCCACGGCCAUCACCCAACGGUUAGGUCAGCAGCUCGACCAGCUGGCCGAGGAUGCCCUCAAGAACGGCACACUACCAAAGGUCGUGGUCAUCGCUACCUGUCUGGACUACAUGACGGACGUGCCUCCCGAGCUACAAAAGAGAACGAGAUUCGAGCGGAACAUACCCCUCUCGAUACCCAACGCAGAGGGCCGACUCGAGAUUCUCAAAUCCUUUGAGAUACCCAUCCAGCCAGAGGUCAAGGACGUGAUGCUGGCCAAGCUGUCACAACAAACACAUGCUUACAACGCAAGCGACCUCGACAGACUCAUCGAAAACGCAAUGAUCAUCUCGGCAGAGCGCCUCGACCCAGACGAAGCCGGCUACGACGAGGAGGCGCUGGGCACCCCGUACCUCUCCCGCGAGGACCUCGAGCACGCCCUCCGCUCCACCAGGCCGACAGCGAUGCACGACGUGAACCUCAAGCCACCCACCAUCCACUGGCAGGACGUCGGCGGGCAAGAGAGCCUCAAGAACGCGCUGCGCAACAUGAUCACCCUCACCACGACAAAUGAUCCGACGGUCCAGAAGCUCAUCCUCACCCCGCCAAAGGGCCUCCUCCUCUACGGCCCGCCCGGAUGCUCAAAGACCCUGUCGGCGCAGGCCAUGGCCACCGAGUCCGGCUUCAACUUCUUCGCCGUCAAGGGCGCGGAGCUGCUCAACAUGUACGUGGGCGAGUCGGAGCGCGCCGUCCGGCAGCUCUUUGAGCGCGCGCGCGCCGCGAGCCCGAGUAUCAUCUUCUUUGACGAGAUUGACUCCAUCGGCGGCCAGCGCGCCGGCAAUGGCGGCGGUGGUGGUGCUGCAAAAAGUCAGGGCUCUGUGAAUAUGCUCACGACGCUGCUGACGGAGAUGGACGGCUUCGAGGCGCUCUCGGGCGUGCUUAUUCUCGCCGCGACGAACCGGCCCGAGGCCAUGGACCCGGCUCUCCUGCGCCCCGGCCGCUUCGACCGAAUCGUGUAUGUUGGUCCGCCGGACGCCGCGGGGCGAGAGGCCGUGUUUAACCUGUAUCUGCGCAAGCUUCCCCUCGCGGCGGACGUGGACGUGGCGGAGCUGUCGAGGCUGGCGGAGGGUUUCUCGGGUGCAGAGAUUAAGCAGAUUGUCAACGUGGCGACGGAGCCGGCGUUGAGCAAGACGCUGAGCAGGACGCACAUUGGGGCCACAGAAGAAGGUAAUGGCGGCGGUGUCAGGUUGGAUGGGGAGGCGGAGCAGGUGAAGGUUUGCAUGGAGGAUAUUGUGGACGCCAUCAAGUCUGUUCCCAAGGGUAUCACGCACCAGAUGCUGGACGGCUACGAGAGGUGGUCGAAGCAGUUCAUGAAGCAUCAGAACCAGAAAUAG